AUACAAUCUCUUUACUUUUCUCUUUCUAUAUAUGAUCUCUCUCGUCCAUCUUCCAAAGAAACAAAAAUAAUGAGGAAAAAAGUAAGUAGUAGUGGUGAAGAAGGAAACAAUGAGUACAAGAAAGGUUUGUGGACUGUAGAAGAAGACAAGAUCCUCAUGGAUUAUGUCAAAGCUCAUGGCAAAGGUCAUUGGAAUCGUAUAGCCAAAAAGACUGGUUUAAAGAGAUGUGGAAAGAGUUGUCGAUUGAGGUGGAUGAAUUAUCUCAGCCCAAAUGUUAAAAGAGGCAAUUUCACCGAGCAAGAAGAAGAUCUUAUCAUUAGGCUCCACAAGUUGCUCGGUAAUAGGUGGUCCUUGAUUGCUAAAAGAGUGCCGGGUCGGACGGAUAACCAAGUGAAGAAUUAUUGGAACACGCAUCUGAGUAAGAAACUUGGAAACAAAGAUCCAAAAACCAAGCCGAGCAAUGGUGAUAUUGUCCAUCAGAUCAGUCUCACAAAUCCUACUGAAACAUUAGAAGAAACAAAUAUCUCAAAUAUUAAUGAUAACAGUGAGAUUCAAGAAGAUCGUCAAGGAAGUAACUAUUUGAGUUCACAUUGGGUCCAUGAUGAUGAGUUUGAGCUAAGUUCACUCACCAACAUGAUGGAUUUUAUAGACGGACACUGCUUUUGAUGUUUUUGUUUUAACUUUGGUUUUCAUUUAGUCUUGUUAUCUUCAUAGCUGAUCAAACACUAAUACAUCAACAAUCUUUGAUUAAAAGUUGUCAAUGUUUUAGUGUAUGAUUGGCUAAGUCUUUUAAUUAGGUUAGCUUUCUUGGGUUAUAUAUAUGCGUGAAAACUCUGUGCAUCAAUAUAUGUUAUGUUUUGUAUCUUCCUAAGCAAUAUAUUUGUAUUUUCUUGUGUCAAAUGUUCAUAUAAUUAAACAUGUUAAAUAUUAGUUCAACUUAUAAGCUGAAAGUAAAAGAAUAAGGAUAAUUAAUGGCAUGUUAGAAUUUCUACUUUUGUUUAUAUAAUGAAAGGAAGAAAACAAUAUGUACUAGCUCGUUUGGUUUCAAUGAAGAUUCCAAUCUAAGAUAGUAGUAUGUAACAAUAAUAUUUGUGUUUCCCUAGUGUUGAUGUUAGUUAAAAUAAUUCUAAUGUACUAUGUGAGUGAGAGAUUAGACACAAUCCUUGAUUGCCCUGGCGACCUUAAUUUACACAAAAGAAAAUUAAGUACUAGUCAGAAAUUAUAUAUAUUGGUCGAAUUUACAUUCACACGUCCCUAAAAAAUCUAUAAAUUUCUGUGACAAAACUGCACCCCUUCUUAAUUUAUGAUCUUUGUCUUUUGUUUUAAUAUGUUCUUUUAAAGCUUGUUCCCCACCCUUCAUUUAUUUUAAAUUAUACUGUCAUUUAAAUAAUGCAUGAUACUAUUACAUUUUGUAUAUGAAGCAUGGAGUACAAAUGUACAAUCGAAGUAGAGGGGGUUUGAUGAUCUACAAGGGGACACGUUGUUAGGUAUAAUUGAAAUGACAAGCUGAAGGUUCCCAAAUUUGACCAGAUUGAUCUUAAUUAAUGUAAUUAAUAUGGCAGCCACAUCUCCAUCCUAGACAACAGUUUUAACAAUUUUUUAAUUCGUGAUUUUGUAGAAAAAUAUACGCAAAUUCAAUGAAAAUAAAAACAGAUUUUCAUUUUAAAACCUCUAAUUUAAUUAUUCUCUUCAUUUAAUGAACAUUUGAUUCUGUCAUUUUAAAUAUUCUAUGAUUUUGACAUUUCACCAUGUUAUAAAUCGAAACCAACUAAAUAAAGAACAAAACCAAAUAAGCAUAUAAUUAAAAAAUUUAUAUAGAAUUCAGAAUUCAAUUUUAUUCAUUUUAUAAGUCGGGUAGAUAGUUGAGAAAAUGAAGCUUAACUCAAAUAAAGAUGCAGUUAUUCGAGUAGCCAUUAAUUUAGAUGGGAGAUCAAGA